UGGACUGGAUGAUAAAAACCAGGGGCUCUCCUCGGUUGGUGCUUGCAGUUGUGUGUGUGGCCCUGCUACUGGAUAACAUGCUGCUAACCGUUGUUGUUCCUAUCAUCCCAGCCUUCCUGUAUGCCACAGAGCACCAGGCACAAAAAAACCCACCUACCACCCCCUUUGAAGCUCAUCCCACAAACACUUCCCUACUUUCUCUCUACAACACCACCACUUACAACACCAGUGUCUCUUUGAACUUCACAAACUUCUCCAGUGCAUCUAGCACUAAUGAAAAUUUAGGAGUCAAUAGUAGUUCUGCUGACUAUGGGUGUAAAGAAGACAGUGAUUUUUUGGAAGGGGAAAAUGUGAAGGUUGGAUUAUUGUUUGCCUCCAAAGCCAUGGUGCAGCUAUUGGUAAACCCGUUUGUGGGCCCGCUGACUAACAGGAUUGGAUAUCACAUACCAAUGUUUGCUGGGUUCGUCAUUAUGUUUGUCUCCACAAUAAUGUUUGCCUUCUCUGGGACAUACACACUUCUGUUUUUUGCCCGCUCAUUGCAGGGAAUUGGAUCAUCUUUUUCCACAGUUGCAGGUUUGGGAAUGUUAGCAAGUGUUUACACCGAUGACAGUGAAAGAGGAAUUGCCAUGGGGAUUGCACUGGGAGGACUGGCCAUGGGAGUACUUAUUGGAGCACCAUUUGGCAGCAUUAUGUAUGAAUUCGUUAGUAAGAGUUCUCCAUUCCUUGUCCUAGCCUUCCUGGCUAUGUUUGAUGGAGCCCUUCAGCUCUGCAUACUUCAGCCCUCAAAAAUAUCUCCCACGAGCAUGGAAGGAACGCCAUUAUUUAUCCUGUUAAAAGAUCCCUACAUACUCAUUAGUGCAGGGUCAUUGUGCUUUGCAAACAUGGGGGUUGCCGUUUUAGAGCCCACUCUUCCUAUCUGGAUGAUGCAAACGAUGUGCGCACCAAAGUGGCAGCUUGGUGUGGCUUUCCUACCAGCCAGUGUUUCAUACCUCAUCGGAACCAACCUUUUUGGGAUACUGGCCAAUAAAAUGGGAAGGUGGUUGUGUUCCAUGGUCGGAAUGUUUAUAGUUGGCAUCAGUCUACUCUGUGUUCCUUUUGCGAAAAACCUCUAUGGCCUCAUUGGUCCCAAUGGUGGUUUAGGAUUUGCAGUUGGAAUGGUGGAUACUUCUAUGUUUGCUAUAAUGGGUUACCUAGUAGAUAUCCGACAUGUCUCUGUUUAUGGAAGUGUGUAUGCCAUUGCUGAUGUGGCCCUCUGCGUUGGAUUUGCUGUUGGUCCAUCUACGGGUGGGGCAUUAGUAAGAACUAUUGGCUUUCCAAAUCUCAUGGUGAUCAUCGGCAUAAUCAAUAUCUUGUAUGCACCUCUUUGCUUCUUUCUCAAAAAUCCUGCAAAUUGGGAGGAGAAGAUGGCGAUUGUAAAUCAGGAGUGUCCAUUGCAUAUGAAGAGCUACAAUACAAGUGGGUACAGAGAAUUCCCCUUGAGUGAGGAUGACAGUGAGGAGGACACUGAAAAUGCAUGUAUAAAUAGUCAUAAAGAAUCUAUGGAUCAUCAAGCCUCAACAGCCCUCAAAGGUUUUAAGUGAAGUUUACUUAUAAACUAAUUUCAAGAGGAUUACGCGCUUAUGAUUGACCACAGCUGGUCCCGUCUUAGCAAGCACAUGGUCUACCAAUCAGAUGAAUCCAAACACACAAUAAAUAACCAGAUUUUCUUACCUUAGUUAUCACCAUCUUUAAAAAUCUCCCCAUCUACCCCUACUCCUGUCUGUCUUUCCUAUAUUAAACCAGGACAGGGCCACACGGCAGCAAAGUGUUUAGCACAUCUA